AUGAGAGCUACUUACAAGAUUAAACAGGCAGUACAAGCGGUUAUCCCGCCGAAGCGUAGCGGAGGCAAGAAGGCCAAAGCAAGUAGAACUAAGCCUAAAUUACCGCCGCGUAUUAAUAGCGGCGCGAGACCGACGCAGUGUCGGACGUUCCCGUGGUGGCCACGGCAUCUUGUAUCGGAUUACGAUUGGCAACUUGCAGCUAAAGACUGUGAAGGGAUCCUUGUGACGAAAGACGACAAAGAGGACGAUACGCCAGCCUAUUCCUUCGACGACGUCAUGUCGGAAACUAUUCUCCACGAUAUCCAUCGAUCGAGCGAGAACUUCACGUACGACGAGCUGCAGCAAAUGCUGCGAGACUUAAGAGAAGUCGAGCCGGAGUUCGUGACACAGUACAAAGCAGAGUUCUUCGACAAGUUUUCAAGACGAAUUGUGUAUAGCGACGAUGAAGUCACCGUUCUGGACAGUUUCCUCGACGGAGCACCGAAGUCGACACGCAGUUUCGUGUUCAAUGACCGGCUGCACUUGACGCAGAGCGAGGUGGCGCUCUCGUCGGAUUCAUCAUUUGAUCGAAGUACCUUAGCGCUUGACGUUCAUCGAGCCUUGUGCUUGCCGCUAGCGUGGCUACCCGAACGCGAUGAGCCUAUCCACGUAGCUGUCCUGGGUGCUGGAGCGUGUACACUGCCGCUCUUCCUUCUGGAACAUAUUCCAUCGCAGGAACUAGGACAGCUGGAUGCUGUCGAACCGAGUAGUCAGGUGAACUCAAUUGCGUUGCGCUUUUUCGGGGUCGCUGACGCUCUGCAGCGUGACUCACGACUUUUAAUACACGAGAAAAUGGGAGAAGAUUUCCUCGAGCACCAAGAGGAUGCUGCACUGGACGUGUUGAUUCUUGACGUAGAGGCUGGUGAGAGCUGCGAAGGAGUGAGAGCUCCUCCGAUUGGGAUGUUGGACGCAGGUUUCUUGCAGACGGCCAAGCGUCAACUUGUCCCUCGUGGAAUUCUCGCAGUUAACGUGAUCACCGAGUCGGAAGAAGCGCUGACGACUGUAGAAGGCAAGAUUGGACGCGUGUUCUCACGUGGGCUACGACUAUCGUUGCCUGCCAACACUACGUUCUUCCUCUUCAACGAGAGUCGGGAUGAUGACAUUUCUAUCGAUGUGGCAGAGUACGUCCGACUGGUGCAGGACAGUGCGUUCCAGACGGAAUAUGCUCAGACGCCAGCACUUCUUCAAACAUGUAAGGUGACAGCGUGGGCCUCCCCACUCUGUUAG